AGGAUUUCACCUUUAACUUCCCAACUACGGGUUCCGGACCUUUAACGGGAGCUGGUUUCUGCCACAGUCUCCGUUUUGGCGGUUUGCACUACAGCUGAAUGACCGUGGAAGUUUGAUCCUGAGAGAGAUGGAGAGCAGCUCUCACUCACUGCCACCCUCGUGUCCCCUGCCAGUCUCUUCCUCGCCCCAGCAGACCUCCUCAAGCGGUUGUUGUUUCUCUCACCCACUUUCCCCUAUUUCCUUCCCACCGUCCCCUACAUCACUUUCUCCAGCCACAGCAGAGUCCGUUCACUCCUCCUCCCCUCUUUCACACUACACUGCGUCCCAUUUCCUCGAAGGACAAAGCAUACAAUGCCUCAGUUCGGAAAACAUAUCUGACCAAGAUGACCUGACCUGUCUCAGCUGGCUGCAUCAGAGAGGGGACCUGCUGCCUCUGCAGCCUCUUGCCAAAAUGACACCGCUGGCUCAGCAGGAGUCCUAUGCACCCAUCCAGCCGCUGCCCCCUGCCUCAUCCAAGCCGCCGUACUCCUUCAGCAGUCUGAUUUUCAUGGCAAUAGAAGAUUCCCCAAACAAAAGGCUUCCAGUGAAGGACAUCUACGAAUGGAUUGUGAACAAUUUCCCCUACUACAAGACGGCCACUGGAGGCUGGAGGAACUCUGUGAGACACAACUUGUCUCUGAGCAAGAGCUUCCGUCGCAUUCAGAGGGACAAGAGCCAGUCGGUGGGGAAAGGAUCGCUGUGGUGUGUGUGUCCAGAGUAUCGGUCGACGCUCCUCGAGGUGCUGAGGAAGACCCACAGUUAUCACAGCACCAACAGCAACCUGAUAAACAAGCCUGAGCUGUUGGAUGGAGCUGACUAUGAGGUGCCCGCAGUGUGUGAAUCAAUGGAAAUCUCAGAUGCUCUUUCUCACACCCUGCUCCUCUCUGCGUCCUCACCCCAAAUCCUCACCUCUGACAACCCAACCUUCGCUGAGAACCCCUCGUGCCCUUUGACCCCAGAUCACGAGGAACUUGUCACCAUGGAGUCGGUUGACUACCAGCAGGAAGAGGUUUGUGAAGACAUGGAGAAGGAUCCCCUGUCAGACAGCGGGUACAUCGAGUUACACUAUUACCAGUCUAACCAGUACCAGUACCUGGUGCUGCCCGGCGACACUGAGCUGGACCUGGAGACUGUGGAGAUCUUGCAGCUUGACGCUGAGGCCCAGGAGGCUGCUGGGUCGCUGCUGGACCUGGCAGGUGGUGGAUAUUAG